ACAGGUGACCGGCUGCUCGACAUUCCAUGCAACGUGUGCGGCGACAGGAGCUCCGGCAAACACUACGGCAUCUACAGUUGCGAUGGUUGUUCGGGUUUCUUCAAGCGAUCGAUCCACCGCAACCGCGUGUACACGUGCAAAGCAGGAGGCGAGAUGAAAGGCCGCUGCCCAGUGGACAAGACCCAUCGCAACCAAUGCCGGGCCUGCCGCCUUGCUAAGUGCUUCCAGGCCAACAUGAACAAGGAUGCGGUUCAACACGAGCGUGGACCUCGCAAGCCUAAGCUACAACACGGCCUUGGCGGGUUGCCCCCACCAUCACUAGCAACGCACAAACCACAUGCGUUAAAGCUCUCGCCGCCGUCGCCUUAUCCGCCCCUACCACAGCCCUUCAGUUUCCAGUUCAGCAUAUCAGGGAUGACUGACUCUGCUCCGCUUAGCACCACGUCCUCAGCUGGCUCAAGCGGCGCAGGCGCAGCCGGGGCCGUGAGCCCGCUGCCGUUGGUACACGAGUCCUUCCUGGCGCCGCCGCCGCCGGGGCUCCUGCAUAUUCUCAUGUCUAGUGAUAAGUGUCAGGAGUUGAUGUGGAGCGCUAAACAGCUCCAGCUUCAAGGUGACCCAACAUUACUCAGACCACCGCCAAGCGCGUUCGGGGCUCCACUUGCGCCUACUUGGGAGUUGUUACAGGAAACCAGCGCUCGGUUACUCUUUAUGGCAGUCCGUUGGGUGCGAUGCCUGGCUCCAUUUCAAGCACUUGCGCCUUCCGAUCAGUUGGUUUUAUUACGAGCCGCCUGGAAGGAUCUCUUUCUACUGCAUUUAGCCCAGUGGUCUGCCCCGUGGGAUUUGGCUCCAUUACUCAUCGCUCCAGCUGCUAGGGCGCGAUUGCCCCCCGAUCCAUUGGCAGAAUUGGAGCUCAACACUUUGCAAGAUAUCUUGUGUCGAUUUCGUCAAAUUGCACCCGACGGUAGCGAAUGUGGGUGCAUGAAAGCAAUCGUUCUAUUUUCUCCCGAUACGCCAGGGCUAAGUGAGACUCAGCCAGUGGAGAUGUUGCAAGACCAAGCGCAAUGCAUUCUAGCUGACUACGUGCGAACUAGAUACACUCGACAGCCUACAAGAUUCGGUCGUCUACUCCUGCUACUUCCAUCUCUCCGAGCAGUGCGAUCACGGUCCAUAGAACUACUGCUAUUCCGGGACACGGUGGGAGACGUUUCUGUGGCCACUUUAUUACACGACAUGUACCGCAUGCAACCCACUCCUGCACCACCAUUCCAGUCAACGGCUCCAGUUCCUAUUUCUGCCUCAUCCAGCACUGAACAAUGUGCAUCUCCUUAAAUUAGUCUAAAUAAUAAUUUAUCACACAGUGGAUCACAGCUCUUCGCGACUGCUUCAAUUAGAAGUUAGAUAUUAUUAAUUUGAUUGAUAUCUAAAAGAUGGAUUUUUAAAAAAAUUUCACAUUAAUAAAAUACACAAGAUCCAAAAAUUUAAGUGUAACUAUUUAGAAAAAAGUUUCGUAGUUGAAUCCAAACUUUGCUCUUUCCUCGUUGUGUACUCCGCGUAAAAAAAAAACCUCCUGCUUUGCAUUGCUUGAAAAAAUAUGUCUGGUUUGUUUCUACUUUUGAGCCAGCACAUGUUAUGUAUAGGCUAAAGAGAAUGUCAGACUACAUUUACGAUUGAAAUUCAACUAAAUGCGACGUGCAAUAAGAACAAUCCAAUGUUAAGUAUGAUGAGCUCUGCUUGUGCACAUGUUUCUUUUUAAAAGUUCGCUUUUUUCACAAUAUCCAAUAAUUAUGAAUGCACAGACUGCUCAUAUUGUCGCUUUAGAGAAUAUAUUACAAAAAUAAAGUUAUAUAAACCAAAAACAACAUCUAGUCCGAAUAUUAACUCCUUCUAGUUACAAAACUAGUCACUUAGUGUAAAAAGAUAAGUUUCGUUUUUUAUUUUAUGUAGAAAAGUAAAAUUUAAAAACAAAACCUUAUAUUACUCAGAAUUUACAAAACAUAUCCUUAAUAUUUUAAACUCGUGUAAAUAUAUUUAUUGGAAUUAAUUGCUAUGUAUAUCAAUUGAAAAAUGAUUAAUACAUGUUACAAUGUACAUAAAAUUGU